AUGAGGAAGCCCCGGCGAGGUCGCAGCACUCGCCAGGGAACAUUCGAUCCCGAAGAUGCCAAACGUGUUAAACACACCCAAAUCGGCGUGUGGGAUCUUUACGAAGAGAAACAGACGGAGUUCUCAUGGCAUAUUCCUGGUUCAUCGACGCUAGGACAAUAUCUAGAGAUGAGCCAGAGCCUCCCAUAUGUUUGGAAAAUGAUGAAGGACAUCUCUAGCAUCCGCAAUUGCUGGCAACUCCUCUUUUUCUACGUCAUCGUAGAGUUCUUGAGCUCUCUGAUCCCUGCAACAACACUAUGGUAUUCGUCACGAUUACUCAAUAUUGUACAAGUAGCGAUUGACACACGAACAGUUGACAAGGAUCUGCUCCUACACAUAUCUUUCGGCCGAAUAUGUUGUGCUUUGGCAACUCGUCUUCUGACCUACACUAAGAGUCGCCUUUCCUACCCCUUGAACGCCCGCCUCAAGCAACAUUACUCUGUACAUUUGUUUCGCGCCCGGGCCCGACUCGAUUUUCCCACAUUCUCUGACACUGCCGUCCAGCGCCAAUUAGAAGAGGCUUCAGCCUCGUCUGGUCGUAGCAUAGCGUGGGAUACGUUCACCAUGGUAUCUGGUGCAAUAUCCACCGCGAUACAGAUCAUCUCGCAGGUUUCUGUACUUGCGAGCGUUCUAAGAGACCAGCCGGAUGGGCCGCUGCUUGCGAUUCUUAGCUUUUCACAAUCAGUAUUUGGCUGGUUGCACGUGCAGAAGGCAUAUGGCUUCGCAAGAGUGUGGGCUGCAACAACGAAAAACAAGGACUAUAUCCGAAUCCAAGGUCUAAAACAUGUCGUCAAUGACAUGGAACAUCGCCAGGAGUUUGUAGCAGGGAAUCUUGCCCAACAUACCCUAUCAGAGUUUCAGGCAGCUGUUGCGCGGGUAGGAGACGACGCUGGUGACUAUUGGGAGUUGCAGCGUAAUCGCCGGUCGCGCGACAAGCUCACCUUCUCGUCGCUGAUUCAAGAUCCUCUGCGUGAGUUGCCCCAAAUUGUGUUCACACUACGCGCAGUGCAACGGCCUGCCUACUUACCUGUUUCGCUCGCCUCGCUCAAUCUCAUCCAGCAGACUACGGCAAGUUUCUCAUGGACUGUGUACCGUUUUUUUGAGCAGUUCGGUUCCAUCGCGGAUCAGCUGGCUACCGUACGUAAAUUAUACGACGUAGUUGAUAUACCGAAUCGCAUCCCGGACGGCAAUGUGCCAUUCCCAGAAGACACACAGAAGCUGAAGGCGGGCAUCUCGCUGGAGUUCAGGAACGUUUCGUUCCAAUACCCAGGUGCGGAUGACUUUGCAAUCCGCAAUGUGUCAUUCAAGGUCUUGCCGGGACAGCUCUGUGUAAUUGUUGGCGUAAAUGGUUCAGGGAAGAGCACAAUUCUGAAGCUUAUCGCACGUAUGUACGAUACCCAAGAGGGGGAGAUCCUCCUGGACGAUAAGGAUAUCCGCACGCUCAAGCUUGACGACCUUCGACAGGCUAUGUCCGUACUCUUCCAAGACUACACCCAUUUUCCGCUCACAAUCGGGGAGAACAUCGGCCUGGGAAAUCCUGCGCAUGCCGGGGACAAAGACCACAUUCGGCUGGCUGCGAAGCUCGGCGGCGCGGAAGACUUCAUCGAGCGUUUACCCGACGGGUUCGAGACGUACCUCGAGCGUCCGGUGCGCGACUACUAUGCGGGGAUUCCCGAGGGCACGCAUACGCUAUUCGGCCGCAGUAUCGACUUCAAUGCAGUGCGUAGCGCAGGGAACAUGUCUGCUACGGCGAAUACGACUUUGAGUGGUGGGCAGAUGCAACGGCUGGCUGUGUCGCGAACGUUUAUGCGUUCGGUAGUUCCGGACGACUCGACUGUGGGCCUGUUGUUGUUUGACGAACCAAGUGCCUCGUUGGAUCCCGCAGCGGAACAUGAUCUAUUCGUGCGGUUGCGCGAACUGCGGGGGAACAAAACUAUGCUAUUCUCCUCACAUCGCUUCGGGAGCCUCACGCGGCAUGCAGAUCUGAUCUUAUAUAUGGACGACUCGGUCGUGGUGGAAGCUGCCACGCACGACGAGCUGUUGAAACGUGAUGGGGAGUAUGCCCGCAUCUGGAAGCUGCAGGCGCAAGCCUUCCUAUGA